GAUGGUUCUGAUUGGUCAGUGAUGUGAUCAGGCCGCGUGCACGUGCAGAGCUGGGACUGAUCAAGCUGACCCCAGAAUUGAGCUCGUCAUGCUGUCUGUAUUACUGAGUGAAGGUUAAAGCAGCUAAAACCUGGAGCGUUUCUCAGAUCUGGAGGCUUAAUUGACAGCCGCAGAUAUUUGCAUUUAGUGAUUGAAACUUAAACGGGUUGUAGAACAUGUGGUACCCUCCUUCCAUGAUGGUACCAGUUUACUUAGAGGCAAGCGCGCGCAGAACUGCAGAUGUGCCUGCUGCAGUCAUGUGGCCCGUCAUACCGUUUGAACAGCACUUGUGCUUUGCUAUUAACGACAUGGUCGGGUUUCGGGAGCAUCGCCUGUCUGUUGAGGAUGGAAGGAAAUUUUUGUUGAGCAAGUCUGUGUAUGAUCUUGUGAAAGUGAGCCACUUUCUGGAGUUGACUGAUCCAAAGUUGCUUGGUUGGUAUCUCUCCUUACCUGUGGAAGACAGGAAACUGAUACAAGAAGAAGGAGGACUCCUUCAGUUUCUGCAUAGACAUCCUGCUCUUGAAGUAUCUAGACAUAUUGUUCAUUUAAAGCAGCACGUUAUAGGAAAUUGCCUUCCCCUUCCAGCACCUGAUAUGUCUUCAAAACUCGAUAGAUCAAGACGUGCCACAUUUUAUGGCAUGUCACAGUGUGUAAAUUGUGGCACGAGUUGUCCGUCUGGUGCUAAAAAGUGCAGACGCUGUAGCACGCUGAUCCUAAACCCAGAGGAAAAUGUUUGCAUAUCUGAGGAAGAAAAGACACUUCAGUUGCUACCAAACAACGUACGAGAGGAGCUGAAUCUCUUAAAAUCCAAGGGACAUGUCAGUGAGGAUAUGUCAAUGAAAAGUUCUCAGCAGUAUGAUUGCACGCAGAGCACCUCGAAUAAUUUGUCUGCCACUCGGAUCACCCUUUUAAACAGUUUCCAGCAAUCGGAGCAUCCAAGGAAGAACUCUAGUGAUGGCCAGCUUCUGUGUCAGAUGUGGGAGGAAAGAGUGCCGUGUGAUGGCAAGGAUUUCAGAGUAUUUAAAGAUCCCUCAGCACAAGCAAGCUUUUUGCUUGACAGGGAGCUUGAGAUGCAAGGCCACAGUCAAAGUGCUCAUGACCAGGUACCUCUGCUGCCAGAUACCAGUUCAGAUUUUCCUAAUCUAGAAGAGGAGACAUUGCCAGAGUAUUACAGUUUUAACAGCACCACAAUGGAGCACACGUCUGCCCAGUGGAGUGACGCCACUAAUACCUCCAUGAUGGCCACUAAAGGCAGCACUGAGGCAUCCACCACUGAUGAGUCUGUGGCCUGUGGUGCAGAGAAUGGUACAUUCCCUGAUUCUGUAUCGUUCCUCAGCAAUUCCUCGGAGUGGACCGAUCUCACAGAGGAUUGCCAAAAUCUCAGUAAUGAGGAUGACCUGGAAUGUGAGACAAAGACAGAUGAGUAUCAUAGUGUGAUUGAAGAAGAAGCCUCAAGCUCAGCAGCCUGCAUUCCAUGCAUUAAUCCCAGCUGGUCAGCAUCUGGCCAGUGUACUCGAGAGAGUGAGUUUACAUGUGAGGGGUGCAUUUCGUCUGCCAGCCUGAGUGAGCUAAAUGUCAAAACCACAACAGCGUGUGAGGUCGCUCCUGUUUCCCUCAGUGUGAGCCAGGCAGUGGAUGCCAGCAAUGAGUUUAGAGCUUGUUUUACAUCCACCCGGGCAACAGAAAUCACUCAGGACUUCUUUGUGAAGCAUUGCCAAGAUGUUUCCACUGGUACUGACUCAUGUCCUGUUAACCAGGAGACACAGACAAUUCAAAGGCCCACUUCUGAAAAAUACACUAUUACUGACGUCUACAUGUCUGACUUGGAUGCUCUUUGUGAGGAAUUUGGGAAACUCAGAAUGAUGGAAGAAGAGCUAAUGCAUUUAAAGGAUGAAAUGGCAAGAUCUGGUCCUGGUACUGCUGGAGGGCCCAGGAGUGAACAACAGAAGAGUAGCUGUGGAUGCGGUGCUGUUCCACGUGCUAGAUGGGCAGAGCUGCGUCUGCUGGCUCUGCAGUUUGCCAUGUGCCAGCAACAUUGCUGGAGGCGCUUCUACACAUCACCACAGGGUGAAACUUCACUUGAGGGAACCAAAGCACUGCCUGAUGCAAUGUCACAGACCCUGAAGAGCCUGGAGGACAAUUACUUCAAGAUGAAGAGGAAGAUACUGGAAGGGGUUCCUCUGGAUAAUCUCAAGCCUCUGUCUGUGGACACUAAGAGAUUAACAGCUGCAACGUGCUACAGGCCGUCUUUGAUUUAUGAGGCUUUUUUAGGUGACAGUCUGCCUGAGUUUUCAUUCAAGCCCAGUGGUCUUGAAGAUGAGGGCCAGACUAACCAAGCCGAUGAGGUGUUGAAUAUAAACACCACAGACAGAGGACACCUCAACAAGAAUACAACAGCUUCUUGGCAUGAUUCUGCAACAUUGUCUAAAACUGCAAGCAGUAAGAGAAGUAGAGGCGUGCCUGGUUCCAGCCAACAACCAGGAAUCUCUAGUGAUGCCAAGCCUGGUGCUCCUAAAGACCUCAACAGCAGUGAUGCCUGGUUUGAUGCAGAGGAAGAACUUGGAUGUCCUAGUCAGAGUUGUAAAGAAGACAAACAAACAGGGCAGAGAGAUCAAGGGGACUCGGAGAAGGAACAAAAAGUAGAUGCAAACAGAAAGAAAGAUCAGUGUUUCUUGCUUUGUGUCUCAAACUUGCCAAACAGUAUUACUGAGCAUGAUCUGCUGCUUUGGUUUGCGAAGUACCAUACCAAUCAAGUGUCCCUUUCCAAUUUUAGUAACACCAGGGUUGCAAUAGUGAGUGUGAGAAACCCCAAGGAUGCUGAGGCUGCAGUACGAGAGAUGAAUGGCCGAUCCAUUCAAGGCCACACUCUUCAUGUGGAACACAUCCACAAGUCUCCCGCAGAUGGUCAGGCCUCCGUCAAAAAGUCCUGCGUUCAGCUUUCCCCAGCUGCCCAUAAAGCAGGAGAAGGGCCAAUCACACAAUGCUCAAAUAAUAACUUUCAUGGCUCCAGACCACUCCGCUCCAGUCUGGAUAAGCUUACCAACAUAUGCACUACACCCACUGCAUCAGGUACCUGUGUACCACAGCACUACGGAACCAUGGGCAGCUUCGACACAAUCAUGGCCCAGUUAACAGAGCGCCACCCAAAAAUGGGCAGACAGCGGAUCGUCAGUGCUUUGCUGGAGCUGCGGGCAAAGCAUCAUGGUGUCCUCAGUGGCCUGCCCCUCAGAGAUAUAGUGGAUAUGACCUCUGAACUUCUCACUCACUCAACCACAGACUAAGCAAGACAAAGGUCACAUUCUUUAUUGGUGUAUGUUUGAGUUUUUGUGUUAUUUGCGUUGGUUUGGUAUUUUUAGGCAUUGAAUAGGUGUCUUGGUUCUUUUAGGCAUUUAAUAGCCUUAUGAUUCUAACUAUAUGUUUGGCUUUUUAAUUUGUGGAUUUUCAGAAAGUGUUGUUACAUGGUAGAAUUUCUAUUUUGCGAAAAGAUGUACUAAGAAAAAAUGAUAAUUGUUACUUUUUAUAGUAGGCUUACCCAGUUAGAAUUCAGUUAGAAAAUAGUCUGUUCAAAACUGUUCAAUAUACAGUGGAGUGUCAGUUUGUUAGGAACACCUAGCUUGCACUAAUUGGCCAUUUCAGCAGGUACACCUACCAAACAUGUCUACUGACUGGAAUUUCUGUUCAGUUUGUCAACCACUGCAAGUCAUUGAUUGACAGGAUAGAGGGGGACAAAAUAUACAGAUAACUUCUGAUUGGCUUCACUCAGUAAUUACUUAAGGUUGUCUUGUAGGUGUAUCUACAAAAAAGGUAAUAAAUCAAGGAAUGCAUAUCUAAUUAACUGGCAGCCCACUGUGUUUAGUUUUCAGUACUAUGUAUAUAGUUGGCCAGAAAGGUGAAUCAUAUGAAAAGCAAAACCAAUUUCCUUAUGUUCCAUUAUCAAUAAAAACAUUCUGUGCCUGAAAUGUAACACUGA